CCAACGUGCACGGAUCUUCCUGAAGCAGCUGCAGCCUUUAGCCGCUGUUAGCCGUCAUCCUUGGACCCCAAAAUGUUGGUGGAUCAGCGGAUUGUAGCGCUCUUCAAGCGGAACGCCCAUCACACCUUGACCUACUGGAGUGUUUUCUUCAGCUUCGGACUCUGCAUCGCUUUCCUCGGACCCACGAUUCUGGACUUGCAGUGUCAAACCGGCUCCACGCUCAGUCAGAUUACCUGGGUCUUCUUCGCCCAGCAGUUCUGCUUGCUGAUCGGCAGCUCCGUUGGCGGCUUUUUCAAGCGGACGUUGCUUCAUGCUCUAUCUGCCCUAUUUGUGUCUUCCCUCAUCAUCUCUGUCAUAUUUGCCGUCAUCCCCCUGUGCCAUAACGUCCUCCUUCUGGCCAUCGCCAUGGCCGCGUCGGGUUUGGCAAUGGGAGUUAUAGACACCAUUGCCAACAUCCAGCUGGUGGCCCUCUAUCAGAAGGACUCAGCUGUUUUCCUGCAGGCUCUUCAUUUCUUCAUCGGGUUCGGAGCCCUGGUGAGCCCACUGAUUGCAGAUCCUUUCCUUUCGGAGACAGGCUGUGGGAAUCACACAGGGAACGGGACUGAGCUCAUGCAUCAUUUCAGAAGCCUGCUGAGAAACAGUCCCAUUACAGAGCACAACAUAACUCAGAGCUAUUUGCCCCAUGAGGGAGCGGCGGAGGAGUCCAUUGUGCACUACGCGUUCUGGAUCAUGGCAGUUAUUAAUCUGCCCGUGCCCAUUGUAGUCCUGUUCCUCAUGUACCGGGAGCAGCUGAUCCCUUGCUGCCCCAGCGGCUCCUCCAGUCUGCUGAAGAAGGAUGAACUGGCAAUGGAGACCCAGCAGGGGGCCGGCGGCGCCGGCGCGGAGAAGAAGGAACAGGAAGCUGGAGGUCACGGGGAUAUCUUUAGCUGUUGUCAGAGUAAUAACCUGCGUGGUCUGCCGGUAUCCUUCUUUGCAAUUCAUGUCCUCGGAGGGAUGGUUCUCUUCAUGACCGAUGGCAUAGUGGGAGCCUACGCCGGCUUCGUGUACACGUACGCUGCCACGCCCCCCAUGUCGUUGCCUCAUAAGACAGCCGGCUACCUGUCCGGCGUCUUCUGGGCCGCCAUCACCGCUGGACGCUUGCUGUCCAUCCCGCUCUCGUACCACGUCCGGCCCAAGAACCUGCUCGUGUUCAAUCUGGUCGGUGCCAUUGUUACUGUCUCGAUGCUGCUUAUUUUCUAUACCAGCAGCGUCUUCCUGUUUGUGGGGACAUGUUUGUGUGGGCUGUUCCUUAGCAGCAUCUUCCCUUGUAUGCUUGCUUACACUGAAGACAUCCUCGACUACCAAGGCUGUGCGACACCAGUCCUGGUGACGAGUGCAGGAAUGGGGGAGAUGGUGAUGCAGGUUCUGGUCGGCUCCAUUAUCAACACUGAAGGCAGUUACAGCUUCCUGCUGUGUGGAGUGACAAUCGGCUGCGCCGGUUUUAUUCUAUUUAUCGCUCUACUGCUCUUCCAACGGAUGCACAGAAAUUACCUCCGAGGAGCAUCCAAAACAUCUGCCAUGGCAGAGGAACCGGCGGCGGAGCGGAGAUCCACCAACACAGAACCCGGCGAGAGGAGCUGAGGGGCGGCAGCUGGGCUUUGUUUCUACUGGCCACAGUAUUUAGGACAAUAUGUCUUCUGUGUGUGAAGAUCUGAACUAAAAGGUCUUAAUAGAGUUUAAUAAUUAUUAUAUUUGUACAGCGUUGUUGUUAGAAAUUUACACUGUGAUGGUGUUGGAUGGUGAUGGUCCAGCUUUUCUGUGUUACUGCUUAUGUGUAUGAAUAAAAACAUACAAGUCAAACCUUCA